GUAUUUGUUAUGCAUGCUUAGGAUUACGAUUCUUCUCCUCGAACUGCAACGCGUUGUCAAUCUUCGAUGCUCCAGGGUCGAAGAAAAUCACAAGAGGAUCGCACUCUCUGUGUACUCGAUGUUCGCAUUCCAUUCCCCGGUACGAUGGGGAUCAGGGAGGUUGUAGUUGGAAUUGUGGCGGUUUUCGAUGGACAUAACGGUGCUGAAGCUAGUGAGAUGGCGUCAAAACUUUUGAUGGAGUAUUUUGUUCUGCAUACUUAUUUUCUUCUUGAUGCAAUGUAUUCUGUUGUAUCAAAGACUUCCACAGGAAAAUUGCUUCACAGGCGAGACCAUGAUCACGGAAACUUAUUGCAUAGGUGGAAAGAGAUUUUAGGUUGGCAAUGGCAUGAACUGCAUUCUGAAAGGUUGCAGAAUGUAUUUUCUGCUAAUUUUGAUGAUUCUUUUCACUUGGAAAUUUUGAAGGAAGCAUUGUUGAGAGCAAUCCAUGAUAUUGAUGUAAGGUUUUCUGAGGAAGCCUCUAGAAAUAACAUUCAUUCAGGAUCUACAGCAACAGUUGUAUUGGUUGCAGAUGAUAAGUUUUUGGUUGCCAAUAUUGGGGAUUCUAAGGCUUUCUUGUGCUCUGAAAAUUUUCAGUCUCCUAAGGAAGCUAAAGGUGAGAAAGAUUAUGAAAUACAGAUAUCGCAUAAAGAUUAUAUUGUUUCUCCUUGCUUCUGUCUAAACAUUACACGAGCUAUUGGUGAUGUGUUAUUUAAAAGAUUUGGUUCUGCCAGAGCCGUAAACCGGCGCUACAUCAGUGAUUGUGUGCCUUUGAAAAUCCGCAUACAAGCAUCGGCAGGUUUUGUUAGUGCCAGCGCUCUUGGAAUGGCCUGUGGUCCUGCAUUAGCUGGCUUACUGCAGACGAAUUUUAAGAUUUACAAUGUUACAUUUAAUCAAGAUACUUUGCCAGGGUGGGUUAUGACUAUUGCUUGGCUUAUUUAUUCAAUAUGGCUGUGGAUCUCUUUUGUGGAACCUUCUCGUGAAUUUGAAGAGGACCGUAAAACAGAUAAAUCUCAGAAAUCUAAUGCUGGUACCUCUACUGAUGACUUUUACUUUUUCUAUUGUGAUCUAGCAAGAUAG